CUCUCCCGUGGGGAGGAGUCCGCGCCGGCGCAGUGCAGAACUCCCGCCUGCCCGCCUCCUGGAAGCCGCCAUGCCGGAGCCGCGCGGACCCUGCGAGCUGCGGGUGAACGAGGCCUUUGCGGCGCGGUACGGGCGCUACCGGCGGCGCGAGGAGCUGCAGAAGCUGAAGGACCGGUACGGGGACCGCGGGAGCGAGUCCGGCUCCGACUCCGACUCAGACGCCAGUGAGGAGCGGGUGGAGUUUGACCCGGAGCUGGACAGGGGCUUUUACCGAACCCUGUCCCUGCUGAAGAAGAAGGACCCCCGGAUCUACCAGCAGGGCGCCACGUUUUACAAUGAGCCGGGACCCCCCUCCUCGGAGGAAGAUGGGAGACCCCCGGAGAAAGAGAAGAAAAAGAAGAGAGAAAAGCCCAUGUACUUGAAGGACUACGAGAGAAAGGUCAUUCUGGAAAAGGAGGGGAAGUAUGUAGACGAGGAGGACUCUGACCAAGAAGCUGAAAGGCAGAAGCAUCGGCAAACCACCUCCAGAAGUUACAUUGAAGAACAGAAGCGCCUCAAAGAGAGCUUCCGGCAGUUUGUCGCAGACAGCGAUGAGGAGGAGAGUGCAGGCGAGGGUGGUUCCAGUCUGCUGAAGAAACGGACCAAAACCAAGGAGGAGAAGGCUCGGGAAGAGGCUGACUAUGUAGACUGGUUAAAGGGGCAGAAAGACGCUGAAGACAAGGAAGACCUGAAGGAGCUGACCCACCUCAGAGAGUACUGGAGCAACCCUCAGCUGGAUGAUGGGGAGAAAUUCUUGAGAGACUACAUUCUGAACAAAGGCUAUCAGGAAGAGGAGGAGGAGGAAGAAGAGGAAGAGGAGGAGGACGAAGGGUUUCCAGGUGCCGGAGGGCAGCUGGUGGUGGAUGAUUCCUCUGACGAGGGGGAGCUGUUCCUGAAGAAGCAGGAGGACUUUGAGAGGAAGUACAAUUUCCGCUUCGAGGAGCCAGAUGCUGAGCAGGUAAAGACCUACCCCAGGACCAUCACCUCCUCUGUGCGGAGGAAGGAUGAGCGGAGAAAGGAAAAGCGGGAGGCGACCCGGGAGCGCAAGAAGAAGGAGAAGCUGAAGAAGCAGGAAGAAUUGAAGCAGCUGAAAAAUCUGAAACGCCGAGAGAUUCUAGACAAACUGGAGAAGCUGCGGGAGAUCACAGGCAACCAGGCCGGGGCUUUCGAGGAGGCUGACCUGGAGGGAGAUUUCGACCCCUCCACGCAUGACCAGCUCAUGCAGAAGUGCUUUGGAGAGGAGUAUUACGGCAUUGGAGAGGAGGAGAAGCCGCAGUUUGAGGAGGAGGAGGGCUUUGACGAUGAAUGGAACUGGGACACAUGGACGGGGGCCGAGGAGGAGGCAGCGGAACCCCACUGCGAGGACCCCGACUUCAUUAUGGACGCGGAUUAUGACCCCAGUCAACCAUCUGUCAGGAGUGGGAAGAAGAAAAAAAAAAAGUGGGAUGUACCGCUGGCUGGCAAGAAGAGACGGAAGUCCCACUUUGCCGAAGUUGUCAGCCAGGACAGGCCUGUCUUUGACCCUGAGAACAAGACCUUCGAAGAGUACCUGGACGAAUACUACAGGCUGGACUACGAGGACAUCAUCGACGACCUGCCCUGUCGCUUUAAGUAUCGCUCGGUGGUGCCCUGCGACUUUGGCCUGACCACAGAGGAGAUCCUGGCCUCGGAUGACAAGGAGCUCAAUCGCUGGUGUUCCCUCAAGAAGACCUGCAUGUACAGAUCAGAGCAGGAGGAGCUGCGGGAGCAGAAGCAGUACAACCUGAAGGCAAAGAACAUUCGGAAGAAGCAGCAGAUCCUGCAGUCUCUUGCCCAACUGACUGAGGAGACUUCUGAUCCAGCACACCCACUCAGGAAACGCCAAGGACCGGAGGCCCUGAAUGAGAGCCGGAAGAAGCCCAAACUGGAGGGCACCUCUGAGGAGGAGGAGGAGGAGGACUUCCUGGUACCCAAAGACAAAAGCAUGGCCCCCCUUGCUGCUGCAGAGACCCAGGAGAAGCCAGAUGGGACCGGGCCCUUAUCUGGGCCACAGGUGGCCCCACCUCUAAGACCCAAGAAGAGUCUUCGGAGCAAGAAAGGGAGACUUCUGGGACCCCGGGUGAAGUUGGGAGGCUUCGAGUUCAGCCACCAGAGAUUGCAGGCCUAUGGGCUAAAUGCAAAGCGGCUGCACUACCGGCAGCUGGGCCGGGAACGGAAGAAGCGGGCCCGAGCCCAGCCCCAGGCCCAGGCCCCUGCCUGAGCUUCCCAGCUCUCCUGUCCCCACAGCUGCCUUUAGGGUGAGGGGAGAGCUGAAAAUGUCAAAUAAAAGUAGGUUUAUAUAUAACACCCCAAUUGAGGGGCACUUGCUGAGCAAGUCUGGGCCAAGCGCUUUCUCCCUGUGUGACCUUUCUUUUGGGGGGCCCCAUUUCCCCUCUGGAUUAAUGAGAAUGAACUAAAUGACCUCCAAGGAUCUUGGAGCAGUUCUUGAUCCUGAUUAUACAACUGGUGAAUGGCCUAGAAGAUCUCAAUUCUCAAGUCUCUGUGGCUGGGUCAUCUUUUGGGGGACAGGCUUCCUCCUUUUGGCCCCAGAGGGCACAACUGUCAGCAGACUUCCUGCCCUCUGCCCACAGCCUGCCCUAGGAAGCAGCUCAAUGCACUCAGACACUUAUCAAGUAGAGCUUUAAUUUCACCCUUGGGCUACAACCCAGCCAAAGGGAAGGGAGAGCCCAGCCCUCCCAGUCCUCCCCCCCUCCCCCCCAGCCCAGGCUGAUUUCCAGUGGAAACAUGUUGCUACAGCAGAAUCACAGUCUUGCCCUCCAGUCACCCCCAUGCACUGGGGGGCAGGAGUGCUUUAAAGGUGUUGAGGAUCAGUAAUCAGCCCCAAUCCCCAGUGAGCCUGAGAAUAUUGCUACCCCCUCCAUCUGCAGGGCAGCUCCAUCACA